GAUUUCUCAUUUUGAUUGGUUAGAAAUGAGUCCUUGACGUUCAGUCAUAAAAAAACAACACAUUUUGGAUGAUUUGGAACUAAACACACGUUUUAGUGAGUGACAAAUUCAUGCUGUUCAGAGCAGGAUCCAGGGAUGCAGUAGCUGGGAUAAGCAAUGAAAAUCCCCACCCCACAUAGUGACCAACCCAUCUUUGUUGCAAACAAUUUAUUCAAUACACAGCCACUGAGAUCGGAUGCAUCCAUGGAUAGAAACAAGAAGAUUGUAAAUGUAGGCCUAAAACGUCCGGUACCGCAAGGUGCCCGAACGUUUGGAGUCCCGCUUUCUGACCUCGUUAGUCGAGCACCCAAGGGAUACCGCGUGCCGUUCAUCGUGAAGAAGAUCUGCUCCCAUAUCCAACACCAUGGAAUUAAUGAGGAGGGCAUAUUCCGGCUGAGUGGAAGCCAUGCCACGAUGGAGAGGCUGAGGGCCCAGUUUGAUCUGCGCGGGGACGCCAGCCUUGAGGAGUGCGGGGACAUCAUGGCCAUCGCGGGCAUGCUCAAGGUGUUCCUAAGGGAGAUGCCAGAGGCCACCAUACCUGACAGAAUGACCGCUCAGUUCCUUGCCAUACAUGAAAGGUUCCCAAAGGACCCCAAGUCAUGCGUAACUCACCUGAAACCCUUGCUGAAGGAGCUGCCAGAUGAACACUACGAUCUCCUCAAGCACGUGAUACGCUUCCUGGCCAUUGUAGCGUGCAACGAGCAGGUCAACAAGAUGAGUCCCAUGGCCCUGGCCAUCGUGUUUGGACCCAAUCUGUUCAUGUCAGGCAAGGGAUUCAUGGCACUGAAAGACCAGGGCACCAUGAACCAGAUCAUUUACCGAUUCAUUGUGGACUACAACGCGCUGUUCAAGGAAGCUGACGAGGACCCUCCUAGCGUGUACUGGGAGAGGAAAAAGAACAAUAAAGUCCCUGACCGUCCUCCCCCACCCAAAUUGAGUAUCACCGAGCCCGAGGUAUCGAGCCCGAAACCCACACCUCUACCCAGGAAGACGAAGUUGAAGAGUUUCGAGGGAAACCAGGUGCCGGACAUAGAGGAACCAGACCACAGUGAGAGUUCCAUUUCCUCUAAGGGACGCAACUCUCACUCCCACAACAGCUUCAGUUUCAGUGAUGAAGAAAUGACUGGCAGAUUGUCUCCCUUUCAUUUGGAUAGUGAAAGUGGAUACAGUCUGGUAGAAUCUCCGGUGCCAUCUGCACGGACUUCAGAGUUCGUGGAUAAAGCCAUAAAAGCAACUGUGAUAGGCCACCUGUUUGGUGACGACACCUCUCUCUUGAAUGCCAGCAUCGACACCACAAUACAAGAGGAUCCGCUCAAAGCUGACGAAGGGCAUAUUGACCCAAAUCCUGAUCUCCAACUUACCCCAACUAAUGUUCCAUCAAGUGUGAAGUCUCGUGUGCAGGCAUUUGAAAACAACCAGUUGGAUGUGCCGAGCCAAACAUCCAAAGUUUUAAAGCCAAAGACCUCUUCAAAGCCCUCUGAAUUGUUUGAAGGCAAAGGCCCGGUAGUGUCUCAGUUACCAGUUGCAGCCAGUACUGGCAUUUCAGAUUCCAGGGAGAAGGGAAAAGAGCAAUUUGAGGCCGUCAAUCGGACCUCAGAUCCCCUGCAAAAUUUCAAGAGAUCAGCAGGUCCACAGAAUCGGCGCACACCGAGUCGGACUUUACGGCGUAACUCAUUCAGCGACACUGACGAGGAGGUGAUGGAUGCCCAGGAGGACGGCGUGGAACUAAUCUCGAACGGGCACGCGUCAGACCAUGGACAUCUCGAUCCGCGCAUGGACAGUGACACUGGACUCCUGGAGAAGCCGUCCCGUAUCGCUUUCUUGGACAUCCGGCACGAUAACACAAAUAUAAAUGAUAGGUCUCCUACCAUGAAUGCUAAGCCGUUUGUUCCACCGCUGGAUUUCUCAACGCUCCAUGAGAAUGUUGGUGGACAGGAUCCUAUUCUUGCACACAAGGCCCAGGCGGCCACCUAUCAAAGGGCUGCCAUGUUGGUUGUGCCGGAAACGCAAAACGAUAAGGAGGAUCAUGAAAACGAUGAACCGUCGCCACAUUCGAACAAAGUGAAGCGGAAGGCUGGCACGUCGGUUGACAACGAAGAUUUACCGUUUUCACAAGUGGAUCAGGCUUUGUACAAAUCCCACAGUCAUGGUAGUACUGAUGACGAGUUAACGUCAAAGAUGAAGGGUCAGAUGAGAAGAAUACAAGGCCUAAAAAAGAAAAUAAGACAGUUUGAAGAUGUAUUUGAAAAAGAACAUGGCUUUAAGCCAUCACAUGCAGAGAAGGCUUCCAAACCAGAAAUCAAGAAGUUUAUGGCAGAACUCAGUAGAGCAAGAAAGGAAGCAAAACGUCUCAAGGAGGAGGCUGAGAUGGGAUCCCGGUCUCGUCACGGCAGCGGUGCUUCCUCCACAGGGGAGAGAAUAGAGCCACCAGACUUACCUCCCUCGAUGGGUCAGACCCUGGACAUGAUACUCAAGAGGCUGCAUGAGAAACGCAAGGACUUCCAUCGGCCCGAGGACAUUGAGCUGAUGAACCAUGAGCAGGUUCAGGAGGAGAAACUUGCAGUACAGAAAGCCUUGCUGCAUUUCGAGGGCAUUCACGGACGACCGAAAUCCAGAGAUGAGAAGGACCUGAUGCGGCCACUGUACGAUCGGUACCGCACCAUCAAGCGUCUCCUGUCUCGACAACCCAUGUCUCCCAGAGGUAAUUUAGAGUUGCAACCUGUGCCAGAGGACCGACCAAUUGAUAUAAACUCAAAAUAUACUGACCGAUUCCUUGACGAGAAAUCCCCUAUUCACGUUCCAACGGCUGCGAUGGAUAACGAUGAUGAAGAUGAAGAGGCAGCACACGGCUUUGGAACGAUGGACUUUGCUGUCACGCGUGACCUGUCUUCCAUCCUCAAGACACGGCCGACCGCCGUGGAGAACCAGGGACCCCAUUCCCCGAAGGCACGACGGAAACUGGAGAUGCAGGAGAACAGCAAGAACAGUAACAACCAGUAUUCCGAUUCAAACCUUCACGAGUUAUCAGUGCCACAACUUCAAGAUGAGUUAAUAAAGUCUCGAAACACUAAAAAGCACCUUCGUAAAAAAUUGCGUGACUUUGAGGAAGGCUUUACCAGACAGACAGGAAGAAAGGUUGGACGGGAAGACAGAAUGCCUAUGCAAACAGAGUAUAAUGAAUAUAAGCAACUAAAAGCGCGACUGAAGCUGUUAGAAGCACUCAUGUCGAAGCAUCAGCACUCAGAAGUAUAGCAUUACGCCUGGACUUGAAGGACUAGUGAAGGCAGAUGUUUAUUAUUUGUUCCACUUGGGACACCAAGAUCAGUGAGGAAGAUAUUGUACCAAGAAGAAAAAUAGAGGACUGUAAUGACACCCUAGAAUAAGCUGCUGAAACAUUUGAUUGACAUUUGAGCUCACAGUUGUUACAUUUUGGGUGGGAAUUUAAACAUAAAACCCUUCAACAGUCGUGGCAUUUUAUAUGAAUAAUAAUGCCUGAAUUGUGUUUCCUUUGUGCUACAUACAUUGACAUUAACAUUAUUUGGAUCCUUAUAUACUUUGAUUCUGUCAGUGAAACAAUCUUUAACAUUUACACAUAUGAAUAGGUCCAUUUAAGCAACUGACAAGCUUAAUGUAACCAUAGGAAAUAAAUGUAAAGGGGAAAAGAACCACACGGAAAUAACUGUUAAGAUGAAUACAUCUAUAAUCAUCUGAAAGGACUGCUGAGAUGUAUAGGACCAGGUGAGAUAACUGUGAAGAUUUAUGGAAUCAUUGGAAACAACUGUUAGUUGUGCAGUGGUGAAUAACUGUAAAGAUGAAUAGAAUCAUGGGAAAUACCAACAAAGAUCAAUCUAACCAUUGUAAACAACUGAAACUAUGAAUAGAACCCUUGGAAUUUACUGUGAAGAUUAAUGGAACCAUUGGAUAACUGUAAAGAUGAAUAGAACCAUGGGAAAUACCAAUAAAGAUCAAUCAACCAUUAGAAACAACUGAAGCAAUUAAUAGAACCCUGGGAAUUAACCAUUGGAAAUACCAAUACAGGUAAAUGGAACCAUUAGAAACAACUGUAAAGAUGAGUAAACCAUGGGAAAUACCAUUACAGGUAUAUGGAACCAUUAGAAACAACUGUAAAAAUUAAUAGAACCAUGGACAAUAAUUGAAAAGAUUGAUGGAUCCAUUUGAAACAAUGGUACAUAUGAAUGCACACCUCAGAAAUACAUGCAUACAAUUACUUGCUGCAUUUUGCGUCAAUCCUUUGGCACGAGUUUUACAUGUCUUUGCAAUUAUUUUUAACCUUCAUGUUAUGUCUCAUCCAUUUUAACACUCUAGUUCAAGAAAUAUAAUAUUGAAAAAUAUUUUUAGUUAUUAGAUCUUUUUGCAGAUUAUAUAAUGAAAAGAAUACUUGAAGUAAUUCUUUUUGAAUAAAAAUGCUUGUUUCUGAAAUAUGCUGCUCAAUUUUAUUUGUAUUGUGUGCCAUUUCAGAUCUGUUAUAAUUUGAUACUAUUUGAUAUUUGAUACUAUUGAGUUUGUCAACAAGGUUUAUUAAAAGUCCUGUUUAAACUGGUGCAUAUAUUGCACUAGAGGGUAUUAAAGAAACAUAAAUUGUUUGUUAAUGUGCAGACAUUAAAAUAUUAGCAUAAGCAAAAAUGAAAAUAUUAGUUUUGAGAAAAUGAAACUUGAACACAUCACUUGAUUUGUAUAUAUUAAUUACAGUUUCAACUCAUCAUAUAGUACAUUAAUGUGCUUAUUUCAGAUUACUUAUAAUGGCCAAAUAUGUGCAUACCGGUUUUCGCCUUUUUAUUGUGAUUGCGUACAAGUUUGACUAUGUCUAGUCAACAAAUGAUGUCAAAUGGAGUUUAAAGGGACCUUUUCACGUUUUUGUAACUUGACAAAAGUGAAAAAUAUUGUUUCACAUUUGCACAUGUUCGUUGUUACGUUACGAUAUUUGCGAGGAAACAGUAAUGCAGAACAUUUACCAUGCUCUAAAAUAUCCAUCAUAUGCAUCUUUUGACGAUUAAAAAACCUGAAAAUUAUAAAACCUAAUAAACAGGAAACAAUUGUAUAAUUUGGAUAUUUUUAUUGUUAUCGUUAUAUUUUGUGACAUGACAAGGAUUUCGUAGAUAAGGUAUAAAAUACACCAUCUAGUAUGUAAGCACGGAUGGCCAAGUGGUAUACGCGCUAGACUUUCUCUCCAAGGGUCAGUGGUUUGAGCCCAGUUAUGGAUAUUUUUCUUUCUUUAAUUUUAUGCUUGUUUUAUACUGGAUAUAUUUAGUUCCAAUGUUUACAUUUAUCAAUUUAUAGCAUUUAAUGACAAACUUCAAAACAUGCCAAAAUCUAUGAAAAGUUCCCUUUAAAAUGUGAAGUGACAAAAUGUUUGCAGCUGACUGACACAUUUUUGCACUCACUAGUUCAUCUUUUUCACCAUUAUUUGUGAUUAAUGAAUGUGACUUUUGAGAAAAAUUUGCUGUGUUUGUACAAAAGAACAUACAAUUUUGCAGAUGAUCUUCACAAAGUGUUAUAUUUCUUGUACAAGGCACAGUUCGGAUGUGGAAAUUUAUUUGCUAACAUUAUUAUGUUUUGCACUUGCCAAAGUUAUAUUGUUUGUUGACAGAAAUAUUUGUAUGUUGUUGCACACAUAGGCUUACAUCAAUUUAUGUACCAUGUUUUGAAGUCCCAAGUGAGUAUAUCAGACUUCCAUUCAGCAAGUCUCCCAGUCUUAAAGACUAUCACUAUGUUAGCCCAAGAAAGUUUCUGUGAAUGACUAUACCUGUACAUAAGCUAUAAAAUCACAAGUCUACCAAUACAUAAGUUUGUCACUACAUAAGUGAACCAGUUUAUAAUUUUGUAUUCAUAAGGUCCACCAGUCUAUUAAAUAAACAGGGCUACCAGUCUAUUAACUCUUGCAGUCCUCUAUUGCACCACUUCAUAAGAAUAUAGCUCUUAAUGCUGGGAGUAAAGAAAUUAUCCCUCCAUAAGUCAUCUAGUUUAUAAGUUUAUAAUGUUUCUCAACAACAAAUCUAGUUUUACAUUGCACUAGUCUUUCAAGAACUCUACCUGUCAACCAAUCUGUAUGUCACAACGGUGUGUUACAAUAUUUGUUUUUCAUACUAUUUUGAUAAAAUAUAGAUGAUAGCUUAGUAACAAAAGCAGGCUCAAUUUAUCUGUACAUGUGUUUGUUUCUUAAAUUAAUCAAAUGGGAUUUGGUUCUAGUUUUGCACACAAACUAGUUUUAUAGUAGAUUUGUUAUUUCUAUUGGUGGAUGGUUCCGUGGUCGAUAUUGUUAUUUUGGUGGAUCUUGGAAAAUAGUGAAUUCCCAACAUAAGUAACAUGGAUAUGUUUGAUAUUAGUGAUUAUGAACAUGUUUUAUGAUAAUCAUAAAACUAGUUGUUGACUUGUUAAGUUUAAAACAGUUCAAAGUUUAUUUAUAAUUUCUUUGCACAUAUGAAGUGAGCAUGCUUGUUUAGGCACUUGCACAUACCCAUGACCUUCAUUUUUACUGUUUCAUUAUUUACCGGUAUAUUGCUUUUAUUUUGUGGAAACGAAACACACACAAAUAAGAAUACUAAUAUAUAUUAAUUAAGUUGUAAAACUGUUAAAAUACUAUUGUUUUUGCAACCUUAACAAAUUUUGAUUGAUUGGAAAUGUAUAAGGUGUCUUGUGAAAAUUACCACAUUUGUUUGAUAUUAUUUUUCGCCAUCAUGUUGCUAUAUUCAUUGCAAGAGUAUUGAAUUCUUAAAAAUAUUAAUUACCAAGAGAAAACUUAAAAAAUAUUAUGAAUGUAUUAAAUUAAGCUAAACCAUAUCACACUUACGACAUGUGUCAAUGCUUAAAAACAGUAAAAUCAUAUAUUGAAUUGAAGGAACAUUUUGUCUUUAAAAAAGGUAAUACAAUUUCACUCUGUUCUAGGGAUAUAUGUAAUCUAAAAUGUGUUGUUUUACAAGAUUUCAUAACAUUUGAUCUUGUUUAAGUUAAAUAACUUGUUUCAAAUAGUGCUGAUGUAUUGCCAAAUGAAAUGUUCAAUUGUUCAAACAUAAAUUGAUAAAUUAUUUAUAACAUUCGCAAGAAAAUAUGUUUGCCAUGAAUUUUGUAUACUAAAUACAUGCACCAAAAUUUAACCACAGUCAAGGAAAUAGUUCAAGACAUUCUUGUAUAUGGUCUUAAUGAUAUAUAAUAUUAAACAUGUAUAUGUUAAUAUCAGUAUUUCAAAUUAUUUUUUGUAAACGUUCUUGCAUUUUGUUGUGUCUGUUCAAUUUCGACAAAGUGAGGUUCAAACUCUUUUAAACCAGCCUUUGUUAAUGGAAAACGAUGUUCAUGUAUGGUUGGCGAAUACUUUAUAGGUUUAUAUUAUUUAAAGCUUUUAUAUAUACAAUCGAUGCCCAGUAUGUCUAUUUUUCUGUGAACAAUUAUGUUGAGUAAUAAAACGUAAAUAUUA